AUGAUCAUCGAAUUAUCAUUUCUCAAAUCCUCAAGUCAUCGUGCCCUAAAAACUGCCCUAAGUAUGAAGACUUUUAGUACUCUCUUGCUGCUUGCAGCCUACAUUUUCAAGGCAGAUGCUUCGCCUUACUACUCGCCAGCUGUGCAGAUUAAUUUCAUGGGCCAAGAUGCAACUCAUGGUGACUUCGAUCAUGGCACGAGUCAAAAUAGCCAUCAAGUGCCAGUUACUGCCGACGAGCCCGUCUCCGAGGCUAAGCUCUUGGAUAUAGAGUAUGGCAAAUGCUAUUGGCUCAGCAAAGAAGGCUAUGGAAAGGUAGGAGGUGAUUCCAAUACUUGGAAUAUCUUAACCUUUGGGAAUUCGGAAGAGAAGAGAAUUUUCAAACUUUGCUAUCGUCAGAACUCAUGUUUCAACGAGCAGCCCAAGGGUAGAGGUCAAUCGGUGAGCAGCAGCCAUGCCUUCUGGCUUUGGGAUUACCAGGGGUGGAAUAAGAACACCAAAGUUGGACCGGGCUACCUGGCUACCUCUGGCUGGAACUGGUUCUUUGCCGCCGGCGGGGGGUGGUGUAACACGAUCAGCUUCAAGGCCAACCAAAAUAACGACGAUGAUGAAGAUGCAGUCGGUGCAGAGAGUAACGCCCCCACCAUCCGUUUGUCAAUUGGGUAUGCGACCGAAGAAAGCAGCCCGCUCACGGGUUUGGAAGUAAGAAGUGACAAGAAGCUGUACCGAGCCGAUCCCAAAAAUUCACCCUAUGUCACCCUCAAGUUUCAUGAGGUUACAUGUCCUGACGACGAGGAUGACGAUGAUGACGAUGCAUAUCUGAACCGACCUCUGUCCUAA